AUUUAUCAUGAGCGAGCAAGAAAACAAGGAGACAUCUGAGCAAAGCCCACUUGCUUCUCAAAGAGACAAGGAUGAAACCUUGAAAUGGUUCCAAUUCGAAAACAAAAUGAGAGCUCUGAGAUACUAUUAAAGAACUUCUGAAUCCAAUCUUUACUCAAGACAAGCUCAUAGAGGACCGUUUCAAUGUCCUAAGCGAAUCAAUUCACCGAUGUAAUGAGCGUGUUGGCUACCUCGAAGGGAAAGCAACUGAAGCAGGCACUGGGCUUAAGUAAGGCUGAAAUCCUUGCUGUCAAAGUUAACACCAUUGAGCAUGACUUUACCAAAGUCUUCGAGGAACUCAAGGUACAACUAACUUCCAUUACUCACAAUAUCUCUCAAGAAAGGAUCAGAUCUGAAAAAUUUGACAGUGAACAGAAGGCUAAUGAUGAUAAGAUCAACCGCCUAGUUCAAAAUGUUAAUCAUUCUCGAGAGACCUUCCUCGAUCUUAAAGGACAACUCUUUAGUGAAAUCUCUAAGGUAAAGGAAUCCCUAUUUCAAGAAGUCCAGAUCAUCACUGAUGCAAUACGAAAGACCAGGACUAAGCAAGAAACUUGUACCUCACAGAUUGAGAAUCAUAAAUCGAUUUUAAACAGUCUCGACACAGUCAUGGAGAAAAUUGAUCUCGAAAUUUCACAUAAAUUUAAUAUGAGUGUGAAGGGUCUUAAGCAAGAAAAACUUGACGCAAAAGUAUUCUAUGAGAAGUACAACUCCCUCAGUAGCAAGGUUAAACACCUAACUGAAGAGACGGAUGAUCUACAGGUCCACCAGGGAUCCAUGAAAACUGACCUUUUUAAGCUGAUAAAUGCUAAUACCCAAGUUGAGUUCUUCAACUUGAUGAAUGUUCUUUUCCCAGAAGAAACAGAGCAAAAGCAGAGUAUGAGGAAAUAUCUCACAGAGAAAUUCCAAAAGUUAGCUCCAACCAAGAAAUCUAUUAAAUCCGUUCUUAAAAAGAGAAAGAUCAGUGAAGUCUCCCAGGACCUUGAGGAAGAGAAGCAGUCUAAGGCUUCAGACCUUCUCGAAGAAAUAGUCGAAGAGACAGUUGAGGAGGAAUAUGAGGAAGAAAUGGAACUCUCGGAGAUCACCCCUCAAAUUCUUAAACAAUUCGAUCAAAUUAAAAAGGAGUGAUUCGAUAUCAAAUCUGAGAAUUUUCAGAAGAAACAAAGAGAAAUUAUCCAACUAUUCGAAAAUGAUAAAUUAAAGAAAGACCAGCAGGAACAGAAAAAGAUAUUGGAGACCUUGGAGACUCAGAUGGAAGACAAAUAUGCGAAUCUGGUGAAAAUGGCCUCCACUGUGGACAUCCUCAAGCUUAACCAGGAACGGACAGCUCUCAAAUUAGCAGAAGUUAAUAAUAAUUUCAGAGAGUAUCAGGAUAAGACUCAUAAAUUGUAUAAGAAUACCUAUGAUAAAGCUAUAAGCAACCUUGAAGCUCAAAUUAAGAAGAUUCAGAUGGGAAUUGCCAGUGGCUGAAACUCAAGGAAUUUAACCCCGAUGCAUAGCAAAGGAGAACUUCACCAAGAUUUCUCUGCUUCGGCAGCUAAAUUAGAUACCCAGGAUCUGAACAAUGUAGAGAUUAGUCAGUUUGACCCUAGCCAGCAGCUGUUGCCUAACCAAAUGAUGGAUUUUGAUAAAUUUACAUUCGACACUUUUGAUCAUGACGAAAUGAUCAGACAGGUGGAUAAUGGCUGAGAAAAGUUGGAAACCAGACUCAUGAAAGUCAUCGAGGAGGUCAAAGACAACUUUACCAAAUCAAUAGAGGACCAGUCUAGCCAAAAUCUUGAGGGAUUAGAGAGACUCAGACAAGAUAUUUAUAACCAGGACGACCUGAUCGAAAGCAUUGAUAAUCGGCAAGAUAAAUUCCAGAAUGAUUUUGAUUCCAUGAUUCGAAAGAUUCGAAAAGAGAAUGACGAGUACCAAGCUAAUAUGAUCGAAAUGAGGAAGGGCUUCAGAGAUGAAAUAGACUCCUUUUAUAAGAAAUGGAAGAGAGAAAAGGCCGACCAAACACAUGAUUUACGUAAAAUGAAGGAACUAAUCAAGCAUUCUACUACUCUAUCAGGUGUAGUGAAGGAGACCCUGAGUACUAUGGGUACUAUUAUCUGCAGCCUGAUCGAGCUGGCAAGCAUGCAGAUUUCUAUAGAAAAGAAUGACCUAAAAGAUCGUAAAACUAUUAAUUUGUAUGGCUCUACUGAAACAUGGAUAAAUGCUUCCAAGACUAGCAUCGGUAAGGACAAUAAUGCUGCAAGUGGAAUCUUGAAGCUCGAUACUAAAUGAAUCUCCUGCUCAGGAAACUCUUCUCAUGAAAUUAUUAAAAUGUUUAAGAUGGCUUGUUUAAACUAUGAGCCAACUCCAUUUAAAUAUCGGAACAAAGUGUUUUCAUACGAAGAGAUUCAAGAUUUAAAGGCAGAAAUAGUAACCAAAUGAGAAGAAAUCUUAAUAGAUGAUAAUGUAUUUAAAACACUUGAACUUCAUCCUAAGAAGCUUUAUGAUGAUAUGGUGCUACAGAAUUCAGAGAAUUUAUCAAGCGUGAAACGGCAGAAAACUCCCAAUAAAAUUUUCAAACUCAAUGUGUCUACUUCCGCUAUAAAAAAGACUCCGCAAUUGUCAGAGCAGCAGAAGAGAGGGUUGAUACAUAAAUUUAUUUCAUCUCAAACUCCUCAAGCGAUAAAUAUUCAAAAUCCUUCAAGGUCAAAUUUUGACGAUUUGCCUGAUGAGUCACUCAACACUGUGAAGAUGCCUGACUUGAAGCAGACCUCAAAGAACCUCCAAUCCAUGUCGAAUUCUUACCUAAAAACUUCUGAUGGGAGUCGGUCACUUAUGAAGAAAUAUACACCAUCAAGAGCUAAAUUUUCAAAAUCUCUGAACAGAUCUGAACUGGGGAUGUACCCUGCGCCUUACAGUAGGACUCGGCCGCAAUCAAAGUUUGUCCAGAAGGGGAAUUACAUCGACUAG